UUCUGUUCCGUGUCAAACCGUCCCGAUUGGUUCCGUUAUCUUCUCCCCCUUUCGCUGCUUCCUCCUCCUCCCUCGCUCUCUCUCUCUCUCUCUUAAGAUAACACGAAUCGUGGCCCCUCCCCAUCUCUCCUCCAUUCUCUCUUCUUAGACGCGUCGCCUGCUUCCCGUUAGGGCUUUGGGCGAUCGAUGGAUUCCUCGGCCGGAAAGACGAAGCCGAGGGAGACAUGCGAGCUCUGCGGCGGCGCCGCGGCGGUCCACUGCGAGGCUGACGCGGCGUCGCUCUGCUGGGACUGCGACGCUCGCGUCCACGGCGCCAAUUUCCUUGUCGCUCGCCACCUCCGCCGUAUCGCCUGCGCUGGAUGCCACUCCCUGGACGACGAUCGGGUCAUCUCCGGCGCCGGAUCCCCCCCGGUCCGCUCGAUCUGCCGCUCCUGCGGCCCCGACGGAUCCGAGCUGUCCUCCUCCGCGUCGUCGCCGGUGACGUCCUGCGUCUCGACCGCCGAGUCGAAGGCGUCGCAGGAGGAGGGGGCCACCACCUCGAGAGUCGGAUGCGGCGGAGACCGGCGGUGGGCGCGAAGGCGACGGUCGUGUCGGUAAACUGGCGCGCGAGUGCAGUAGUCGGGGUGGCAGUGCACGUGCCGGGGGGUGUGCGAAACUAGAGUGGCGGAUUUGCCCUCUUCGGGUUUCGACGCGACGCCGUGUCAGGGAAGCGGUGGCUGAGAGGGCCCGACCCGUGUUCCGUUGCAUGGUCGAGGGUGCACACUACAUGAUUCGACAAAUAACUCUACGCUGUUGCCACGAUCACACGUGUGAGUUGGUUUUGUUUCGCACGAUUCGGUUGUAGUCGUCCUUCGCAUUAGAAUUUCAUUUUCCUUGCGGCUUUAAUC